GAAGGACAGAAGUGGGUCUCUAGGGUUUGCAAUGGCAUUAGUAUUUAAUUUUUUUUUUAAAAACCGCCGACCUCAAAUCAUCAAGCAAUGGCAGAUUUCCGCGCUAGUUCCUCACAAUGGUCCUCAGAAACUCUUUACAGAGACUGUCGAAUAUUGGUCAAGUUUUUCGAAUAUUGUGAAGAAGCGGUUAAGGUGAUCCGCACGAAAGAUGAAAAAGCCAUUAUUAACAAGAUUUGCUCCCAAAUUUCUUGGGAGUCAUUGGACACCGAAUUGAACUUCUUAGAAAGGGAAUGGAUAUCAAAGAAUAGGACGAAGUUUGCUUAUAAUCAGUUGUCCAAGCUUAAGUGUCUUGAAAUAGUUGAUAUGAAGGAGAAGGUUGCUGUUGAGAUAGAAGAACAACGCGAUCCUAUUGUGUCGGAUGUUGAGGUUAUUCUAAAGGCGGAGCCUGACACUCUAAUUGCAAAACUCAAAGAAUUUCUUGGACUUUAUAAUAAGGAAAAUGAAAUACAAUCAGCUUGUUUGCCCAACUCAGUUAUUGCUGCUGUCCAAACUAUGGGAUGUUUACCAUUAUCAUAUACUGGUUUGUCCCUCAAAGAACUGUCGAAAGGUAAAGAGGCUGAAAAGGUUUCGGAUUAUCUUUUGCAGGCUAAGUGGCUCAUCAAUAGAAUUCAUUCUAUUCACCGUAUUGAAAUUCCAAAAAAAGAGCUGUUAGAGAAGAUAUUUUCAGGUGAAGUUGAAGAGUUACUACAAUUAUUCCAGAAAGUAGCUCCACAAUGUAUUUCUGAAAAGAAGAUACAAAAGGAGUCCAUCUUGAACAUUAAUAGGAACUUCGAUUCCAAAUUGAUACUUGAAAGGAGUAAAAGUUUGGAUUUUGAGACGCAACAGAUGAUUUCCAGCCUGCAUACUUGGAUUGAGUCAACAAGUCGUACUCAAAUCACCCGAAAGGAGUUUAUACAAAAUAUAACUUGGAGUGAUCUCUAUUCUGUACACAGAAGGAAUGUUGAAGAUCUUCUAGAAUUGGUACUUUUGCUUGUCCCCACAUGGAUUUGGGAAGAAGUGAAAAAUAAUAAAGUAAUCUAUAGGAUUGAUAGAGAUAUAACUCUUGAGUCAGUCUCCUGGAUUGAAACAGCUUAAAUUAGCAAUGGAACAACUGGGUGCACCUGUAUUGAUUCGAAAUAGAGCUGAGUGCCUGCAAGUUCUUAGAAACUCUUUACAUAUGUGAUUAAGCGAGAACCACUAUAUCAGGUGGCUAAAUAUAGAUAUUGCCUGGACAUCAUAUUCAGAGUUAGUUUCAUUACUUCGGCAUCAUCACUGCCAGCAGUUAGGAGUGCUUAGGUGGGGCUGGCAUAACUGAGGCAGGACACAUCGUGCACCGCUCCAUUUAGACAAGCGCUGACUGCGCAUCAGGGGCAAAAGAGAUGUUGGAGUAACAGUCCGUGUUAAAAUGACAAUGGUGAAUAAACUAAAGGCCAAGUACUAGUCUUGUUGAUAAAGUUCAUAAGAGAACAUAUCUGAAGUUGGGAGCAACAUAUUGUAAUAACCGAGUUUUGUCUUCUUUAAUCAAAGUGAAAUUGUGGCAGA